AUGAUCGUACGGAAACGCAAAGAGACCAAAAGUCUGAGGGAGCUGUCGGAAAAGAUAGAUACUAAGAGACGAAAGUUGCCAUUGGGGGGCGCAGUGUUUGACGAGAAGUUGUCUGUGGUGAGGUUGAAUAGGGUACCAGCUACGGCGUCAACCCACAGGGCCCCGGUCACUGGUAGAGACACCAGCCAAAGUAGGCGCCUUAGUCAGAAAGUCCAGUUCAACGAGGCAGGGAAGCAUGGCGGUGGCUGCUGGAAGACGCGUAUUAUGGUGUCCGGCCGGUAUUGUAAUAUCGAGGAGCGAGCGAGAGUAUAUUACCCAGUCGAAGUAAUCGAAGACGCCGAAGGAUUUGCUCGGUACCUGCGCUCGGCACGAUCAAGCCGCCUGGAUCAGCCAGACGUGGUCGCACGCGUCCCGGCUUGGGAUUCCAUCCCUUCAGCAGGCAAGAUGUUGUCAAUCCUCAGGAAAGCACGGCUGAAAGACAAAGAGCUACGGAUUUUGAUGCUUGGGCUGGACAAUGCUGGCAAGACCACCAUCGUCAAAAAAAUCAUGGAUGAGGACGUCAAUACCGUCAGCCCCACCCUAGGAUUUAUUAUCAAGACGAUCGAUUACGAAGGGUGA